AUGGCUUCACUGUACCAGCGGUUCAGCGGGAAGAUCAACACCUCCCGCUCUUUCCCCGUUCCCCCCGAAGCGAGUCACCUCCUGGGCGCCCAGAGCAGCGAGGAGGACGGCGCUGCCGGCAAGACCUCGCGUCCAUUGCAACAGGAAAGCAGCCGGCCCCGCUUCCAGUACCAGCCGCGAAGUGACUGCGAGGAGGAGGAUGAGCUGGUGGGGAGUAAUCCUCCUCAAAGAAACUGGAAAGGAAUUGCAAUUGCCUUACUUGUUAUUCUCGUUAUCUGCUCCCUGAUUGUCACCUCUGUUAUACUCCUGACACCAGUUGAGGAUAACAGCUUGUCUCAGAAGAAGAAGAUAACAGUGGAAGAUCUCUUCAGUGAUGAUUUCAAAAUUCAUGACCCAGAGGUUAAAUGGAUAACUGAUAAUGAAUUCAUUUAUAGAAACCAGAAUGGCACAGUGAUUCUGAGGAAUGUCGAAACUAACAAUUCAACAAUAUUAAUAGAAAACAAAAAAAUUGUCUCCUUAAAGGCUAUUCGAUAUGAAGUGUCACCUGACCGGGAAUAUGCACUUUUUGCUUUUAAUGUUGAACCAGUGUAUCAGCAUUCAUAUACGGCAUAUUAUGUCCUCAGCAAAAUACCUCAUGGGGAUCCCCAGAAUUUGUAUCCCCCUGAGGUCAGCAAUGCAAAGCUUCAGUAUGCUGGUUGGGGUCCAAAAGGGCAACAGCUGAUAUUUAUCUUUGAGAAUAACAUCUAUUACUGUGCCCAUGUGGGGAAACAAGCCAUCCGAGUGGUCUCCACAGGAAAGGAAGGUGUUAUUUUCAAUGGGCUCAGCGACUGGCUGUACGAAGAGGAGAUCUUGAAGACUCAUAUUGCUCAUUGGUGGUCUCCUGAUGGCACCAGGUUAGCAUAUGCAACAAUUAAUGCCUCCAGAGUCCCCACCAUGGAGAUCCCGGUAUACACUGGCAGCCUUUACCCUACUGUUAAAACGUAUCAUUAUCCAAAGGCUGGAAUGGAAAAUCCAACUAUUUCUUUGCAUGUGAUUGGUUUGAACGGACCUACCCAUGACCUGGAAAUGACUCCCCCGGACGAUCAGAGAAUGAGGGACUACUACAUAACCAUGGUGAAAUGGGCAACCAGCACCAAGGUGGCAGUAAACUGGCUGAACAGGGCGCAGAACGUGUCUAUCCUGACGCUGUGCGACGCCACCACGGGAGUCUGCACAAAGAAACACGAAGAUGAAAGUGAAGGCUGGCUGCACAGACAGAACGAAGAGCCGAUUUUUUCCAAGGACGGUAGGAAGUUUUUCUUUGUCCGAGCCAUUCCCCAGGGAGGACGCGGGAAGUUCUACCACAUCGCCAUGUCAUCAUCACAGCCCAAUAGUAGCAGUGAUAACUUACAGUCUAUUACAUCUGGCGAUUGGGAUGUGACAAAGAUAUUGGCAUAUGAUGAAAAGAGGCAUAAAAUUUAUUUCCACAGCACAGAAGAUUUGCCAAGAAGGCGACAUUUAUACAGCGCAAGCACAAAUGGAAACUUCAACAGGCAGUGUCUGUCUUGUGAUCUGAUUGAAAACUGUACUUAUUUCAGUGCAUCCUUCAGUCACAAUCUGGAAUACUUCCUACUGACAUGUGAAGGUCCCCGAGUCCCGAUGGUGACUGUUCACAACACAACCGAUGCACAGAAAAUUUUUGAGCUGGAGGUAAAUGAAAAUGUGCAGCUGACUGUAAAUGACAGGCAAAUGCCUAAGGUAGAAUACAUGGAGAUCAAGAUAGACGAUUACAAAUUGCCAAUGCAGAUCUUAAAGCCAGCAACCUUUUCGGACACCGUGCACUACCCCUUGCUUUUGGUUGUAGAUGGGACGCCUGGCAGCCAGAUCGUAACGGAGAGAUUUGAGGUGACAUGGGAAAGCGUCAUGGUCAGCUCUCACAAUGCCAUCGUGCUGAAGUUCGAUGGCCGUGGGAGUGGCUUCCAAGGCACUAAGCUACUGCACGAGGUUAAGAGGAGGCUGGGCCUUUUGGAAGAGAAGGAUCAGUUGGAAGCUGUCCGGACAAUGCUGAAGGAGCAUUACAUUGAUAAAAUGAGAGUCGGUGUGUUUGGGAAGGAUUACGGCGGCUACCUGAGCACUUACAUGCUUCCAGCCGGUGAAGAGAACCAGGUGUUCGCCUGUGGAGCUGCUCUUUCCCCGCUGACAGACUUCAAACUAUAUGCUUCAGCCUUUUCUGAAAGAUACUUGGGCUUGCAUGGGAUUGAUAACAGAGCAUACGAGAUCACCAAAUUAGCACACAGAGUCUCAUUACUGAAGGAACAGACAUUUUUGAUCAUUCAUGCUACUGCUGAUGAAAAAAUCCAUUUUCAGCAUACUGCAGACCUUAUCACACACCUAAUUAGGGCAAAGGCUAAUUACAGCUUGCAGAUUUACCCCGACGAAAGCCAUUACUUCAGCAACACAGCAUUGGAGCAGCAUUUGUACAACUCCAUCGUCAACUUCUUCGCAGCGUGUUUCCAAGUUCAGGACAAACUCCCAAUAGCCCCACUGAAAGAGGAGGAGGACGAUGAUUAA